UCGUCUCCCCGCCGCGUCACGAGUCCAAGCGCUCGACGAACUUUUACAGCUCUCAUACGAACAAACCCGGAGCAGGCAAAGACAUUUACAGACAUUUUGGCAUCGACCGGACAACAAGGAACAGGACUUUCAUCUGCAGCUGUGGUCAGAGGUCAUGGGCACCGUCAACGUGGAGUGUGUGGUGAAGGAGCAGAAUGAGAUUGGAGAAGGUCCAGUCUGGGAGGAAAAAGAUGCCUCUCUGUUGUACGUCGACAUCUAUGGCCCGAAGAUCAGCAGGUGGAACUCGCUGACCAAUCAAAUAGAGAGCAUGCGUACAGAGACGUAUGUGGGCUGCGUGGUUCCGCGCAGGUCAGGAGGGUACGUGAUUGGAGAGGGUACACGAUUCGCUGCUGUAGACUGGGAGAAGCGCACCAUCAUGACCAUCGCCAAGGUGGACAUGGAGAAGACCAACACCCGCUUUAAUGACGGGAAGGUGGAUCCGGCUGGAAGGUUUUUUGCAGGCACCAUGGCCGUUGAGGUGCGUCCGGCCGAGCUGGAGAGGAAACAGGGCUCGCUGUACAGCCUGCUCCCCGAACGCUCCGUCGUCACACACUUCGACCAGGUGGACCUCUCCAACGGGCUGGACUGGUCUCCGGAUCACCGCUUCUUCUACUAUGUAGACAGUCUGACGUACAUGGUGGAGGCCUUUGAUUAUGAUAUACACGCUGGAGGAGUAGCCAAUCGCAGAAUGGUGUACAGGCUGGAGAAAGACGAAGGCAUUCCUGAUGGCAUGUGCAUUGAUGUGGAAGGUAAAAUCUGGCUGGCCUGCUACAAUGGAGGCAGAGUGCUGCGUAUCGACCCUCAGACAGGGACCAGGCUCCAGACGGUGAAGAUGCCGGUAGCUAAAAUCACCUCGUGUUGUUUUGGAGGGAAAGACUACACCGACCUCUACGUCACCUCUGCGUGUAAAGGCAUGGACGAGGAAUCGCUCGCCAAACAGCCUCAAGCUGGCUCCAUUUUUAAGGUCACUGGUUUAGGAGUAAAGGGAAUUGCCCCAAAUUCAUUCUCCGGCUGACGCUCCAGAGAGUCUCUGGAUUUAGUGAAAUACACCACUCUACUAAUUGUGUCCACUAACAAUCUGCACUGAUAUGUUGAUGUAAUAAUGACCUGAAUUUAAGAGGCAGAUUUUUGGUCCAUCUGGACCGUAUUGUCCUUUAACAUCACAUUUCUGUUAGGACGUAAAGCGUGACUGAACGAGUUGGCUUGAGAAAAUGCUUGAGAUAAAUCUGGGAAUAAUGCUACUAAUGUAAUAAUUAGAAUAAUUACUGAAUUAAUGAUAACUAACAUGUCUAGGGUCGUGUUGUUCAACAUCAUCUGUCAGCUUUUCCUUUCAGGGGUGGCCACAGCGCAUCAUCUCACUCCACCUAUCCCUAUCUU